AUGGAGGCCGCCUUCGCCCUCCUCAUUUCGCUCCUCCUCCUCUGUUCCCGGGCCUCACCUCCAGUUGCUGCCGAGCCGCUGCUCGACAGAGUCGCUCUGCUCGACUUCAUCAACAACAUCCGCCAUAGCCGACCUCUCAACUGGAAUCCUUUUACCCCCGUCUGCAACAACUGGAUCGGCGUCUCCUGCAACGACGACGAGACUCGUGUCAUCUCCCUCCGCCUGCCGGCAGUGGGGCUCAUCGGACCGAUCCCCCCUAACACCCUUAGCAGGCUGACGGCCCUUCAGAAGCUCAGUCUCAGAUCCAAUAACAUCUCCGGUUCCUUCCCCGCUGACUUCGCUCAGCUCGCUUCCCUUACCGAUCUUCACCUCCAUUCCAACCGCCUGUCUGGUCCUCUCCCGUCGAAUUUCUCUGUGUGGAGCAAUCUCACGGCCGUGAACCUCUCUGCGAACUUGUUUAAUGGCAGCAUCCCGUCUUCCAUCUCCAACAACACGAAGCUCACCGUCCUCAAGCUCUCCAACAACUCGCUCUCCGGGGAAAUUCCCGACCUCCAGCUGCCCAACCUCAAAUUGCUGGACCUGUCCUUCAAUCGUCUGGAGGGGACGAUUCCACAGUCCCUGCAGAGAUUCCCCAUGUCCUCCUUCCUCGGCAACUCCCUACAAGUUUUUCCAACUUCUCCUUCCCCUUCGCCGCUCUCUCCUCUGCCCUUGGCUCCUUCCAUCCGGCCAGUGCCCCGUCCCAACAAGCUGGGGAUAUAUCUGAGUGAGACCGUGAUCCUCGGAAUCAUCGCGGGGAGUUGUGCCCUGGUAUUCGUGAUGUUUGGGCUCUUCCUGUUCGUCUUCUGCUCCAGAAAGGAGCAGAGCUCGGCCUCUGGGAAACCCUCGGGAGGGGACAGAUCUCCCGAGAAGGCGGUCGCCAUUAAAGAGGACGAGAAGAAUCGCAUCAUCUUCUUCGGGGGUAGCAGCCUCGCGUUUGAUCUCGAGGAUCUCCUCAGGGCCUCCGCAGAGGUGCUGGGGAAGGGGACCUUCGGGACUGCGUACAAGGCGAACCUGGAGGACUCCACGACGGUGGUUGUGAAGAGGCUGAAGGAAGUCGGAGUGGGGAAGAAGGAGUUUGAGCAGCAGAUGGAGCUGGUGGGGACGAUCAAACAUGAGAACGUCGCAGAGCUGAAGGCGUAUUACUACUCCAAGGACGAAAAGCUGAUCAUAUACGACUAUCUCUCCUCGGGCAGUCUCUCUUCAAUGCUUCACGGUAUCAUUCCUCCCACCUUUCCGCCCCGAGAUAAAAGGCAUGGGCAUUAUUAUCUUCUGGGAGGGGGUUGCAUCGAAUUGUCUGCAUCAAAACCUUGCAACCCUCCUCAGAGAACUUGCUGAUGAAUGAUUAUUGCGGCGAUUUCAUCACCAGGUCACUCCAAGUUUCUCUUUAGCAGCUCUGCAGACAGCGAGAAGCCGCAGAUCUCUCUAUUUCACGCAUGGUUUGUGAUCAAAGACCACGGAUCCAUCCAUUAAAGAAAACCUUGAUGUGCAGGGAAAAGGGGAGAGGAGAGAAGCCCGCCGGACUGGGAAACGAGGCUUCGGGCUGCGCUGGGAGCUGCGAGGGGCCUGGCCCACGUCCACACGCAGAACGGGGGGAAGUUCGUCCACGGCAACGUCAAGUCCUCCAACGUGUUCCUCAACCGCCGCCAGGACGGCUGCGUCGGUGACGUAGGGCUCGCCGCCGUGAUGAACUCCGCCGUGCCUUCCACGUCACGGACAGCUGGGUACAAGGCUCCCGAGGUGUUCGACAUCCGCAAGGCCACACAGGCGUCCGACGUGUACAGCUUCGGCGUGCUGCUGCUGGAGCUCCUCACCGGCAAGUCUCCGGUCUACGCCGGCGGCGGUGAGGAGGUCGUCCACCUGGUCCGGUGGGUUCACUCCGUCGUGCGGGAGGAGUGGACGGCGGAGGUGUUCGACGUGGAGCUGAUAAAGUACCCCAACAUCGAGGAGGAGAUGGUGGAGCUGCUGCAGGUGGCCAUGGCCUGCGUCGCAAGGUCGCCGGAGAAGCGGCCCAAGAUGCCGGAGGUCGUCAAGAUGAUCGAGGGCGUCCGGCAGGUUGAACCCGGUAGGCGGCGGCCCUCCACCGAUGGCGACUCCGAGGGCUCCAGCGCCGCCACCCCGACGGCACCUUCUCUCGAAACCCGCCACCGGAAGUGA